AUAAUAAUAAUAAUAAUAAUAAUAAUAAUAAUAAUAAUAAUAAUAAUAUAAUAGCAAGGGGGCUUUUUGUUGCCAUGUUUAGGCAUCUUAUUAAUCAAGUUCAAGACCUGGUAGAUCUCCAUGGCUUUACUCCGCCACCGCCACCGCCCUCCUCCUAUCUCCUUCAAUCUCAACCUCCGUCCCAACUACAUGAUGACAGAUGGUAUUUUCUGAAUCUUGAAAAUAACAUUUCUGAAGGUGAUUGUUAUGAUCUGAUAAUGAAGACCAGGAAAUCAAAGGUGUUGGAAACACCUUCAAGGAGAAUACAGAAGGAGCGAAAACGAACUGAUACUGAUAUAUCUGGUUCAAACCUAGCUAUGGAAGAAAUCUGGAAAAACUUCCCAGAAGACCUGUAUGAGGCUGUCAUUGCAAGACUUCCUAUUGCAUCAUUCUUCCGUUUCCGGUCCGUUUGCCAGGAUUGGAAUUCCUUACUAAAUUCCAGCAGUUUCAUACUUCAAUGUGCUCAAUUUCUGCCACAACAACCUUGGUUCUAUACAGUCACACAUGAAAAUGUCAUCUCGGGAGCUAUGUAUGAUCCUGUCUCAAGAAAAUGGCACCACCCUGUUGUGCCUAAAAUACCUACAAAAAUGAUCAUCUUGCCUGUGGCUUCAGCAGGCGGUCUCGUAUGUUUUCUCGAUAUCGGACAUAGAAGCUUCUAUAUAUGCAAUCCUCUCACUAAUUCUUUUAAAGUAUUGCCUUCUAGAUCAGCUAAAGUGUGGUCAAGGGUUGCUGUGGGGAUGAUUAUGGAACAAAUUUCAGAUAGUGGAGCCUACAAGAUCAUGUGGGUUUCAACUAAUGGUGAGUAUGAAGUUUAUGACUCCAUCAACAACAGCUGGUCACUUGCAGGAAGCUUGCCUGAUUGUAUUAAGUUACCACUGUCGUUGAACUUUAGCUUGCAGAUAGUUGCAGCAGAUGGUUUGAUGUAUUUCUUAAGGUCUGAUCCAGAUGGUAUCGUGUCUUUUGACAUGAACUUAAAUACAUGGAAGCAGUAUCUAGUCCCAGCCCCACCAGACUCAAGGGACCAUGCGCUAGCAGAAUGUGGCGGCAGGAUGGUGCUGGUGGGGCUUGUGACGAAGAACUCCGCCACUUGUGUUUCCAUUUGGGAGCUUCAGAAGAUGACUCUCUUAUGGAAGGAGGUUGACAGAAUGCCAAAUGUAAUGUGCUUAGAAUUCUACGGUAAGCACAUUAAGUUAUCUUGUUUGGGUAACAGAGGAUUACUCAUGUUAUCCCUUGAAUCGAAAAUGAUGAAUCGGUUAAUUACUUAUGAUAUCUUGAAAAAGGAAUGGUUGAAAAUUCCUGGUUGUGUGCCGCCACACAGGCGAAAACAACUUUGGAUUGCUUGUGGAACUGCAUUUCAACCAUCUCUAACUGCAAUCGCUUGAUAUCGUAACACAUGGUUUUUUAUGUUUAAAUAAUCGUAUUCCACUGUUCUUGAAUAAUCUUGUCUUUCAUUUCAUGUAUGUUAAUUAAUUUCUGUCAUUCUGUGUAUAAAUGAAGACUUGUAUUAGUGAUAUUGUUAUUGAUGGUUAUAUAUCUCUAUAUAUGUAUGAAAAUUUCAAAUCAAA